GGGGGACAUGUGUUUACUCACCUGAACGUCGUCCCCGGUGUACCUUUACCUGUUUUCGUUCCUUUUUAUUAAUGUGACCGCGCGAGGCUGACUUACCUGUGGACUACCAGCAGCGGUGACGGAUUUAAAGAGAGGCUUAAACCCGACACACAUGGACGUCAGGAGGAGGCCGUGGUCUAGUAAUGCUGCCCGCUUCAGUCCAAUCAGUAUCAGCAUCCAAUAGGCAUGUCGGCCAGCUUAGCAGGUAUCUGAAAAGCCACCACAACACACCAGAGGAGGAUGAUGAGACGAUGAGCAUGGAGGAGCGAGAAGCAAGCAUCCUUCACAAACCAGACUCUACCCUGAACACUGAAGACCCCGUCCUCCAUCCAGAUCCCUCCACCUUCUCCGAUGACUCCAUGUUCAGCCAACAGGGAGAGCACAAACAUGCUCACCCUCCGCCUGGCCCAAGCUAUGAUGUGUACCAGCCUCCUCACGGUCUGCCUGCAGGCUUCAGCCAGCCCACGCCGUUCCCUAGCCAGGCCAAUCACUCCUGGCUCCACCCCAGCCUCGCCAGCAGUUGCACGGGAUAUCCCAACAGCCUGCCGUCCUGCCUGAGCCGGAAAGAUUCCAGCUGCUCCCAGGAGAGCUGCAUGUCUGGGUGUAAGUCCAUGUCACUCCCUGGCAGCCACAGCCCGAGUAUGACCAGCUUAGAGCAGCCGCUGUCUCUUUGCUCCAACCCACCGUCAGCCAACCUUUAUCACCACACAUUACCGUCAUACACCUGCUCACCACAGGGAGCGGCCUGCUGCGCCCAGUGUCCUGCUGACGGGUUCAACAGAGGGCCUGUGGCCAGCAAACAGCCCUGGCCUCCAUAUCAGCCGGGUUAUAGCCCACACUAUCCAAGCUACUAUAGACUCCCUGGAGCUCGGUACACACACACUGGUUACAAACCUCCAGCUGCUGAGAAGCAUCCUCCGUGCAGCGCACCCCUCUCUCUGGAGCAGAGGAGGGUCUUCGUCACAUAUGAAGCCGACAACGACAAGCACGUCAAUGAGAUCAUUAACUUUGUUGCUCUGCUGCGACACAACGGCUUCGACACGCAUAUUGAUAUUUUUGAGCAGCAGUUCAGAAGUAUCAGCAAAAUAGACUUCAUGGAGCGAUACCUCAGCGAGAAAGAAUAUCUGAUCAUCAUCAUCAUCAGUCCAAAGUACUACGAGACUGUGACAGCCUCACCUGUCGGCCUGGAGAACGACGAGAGGACGUUCAACACCGUCUACAUCCACAAACAGCUCCAGAAUGAGUUCAUCCAGAAUGGAAGCAAGAAUUUCAGGUUCAUUCCCAUCGUGUUCCCCGGGGCCAAAAAGUGUCACGUCCCCACCUGGCUCCAGAACACGCACGUCUACGCCUGGCCCCGUGACCGAGAUGACAUCCUGCGGAGGCUAAUGAGAGUAGAGAAGUACAACCCUCCACCUGUCGGGGAGCUUCCCACCAUCGUCUCCAUCCCCAUAUAGACCCUGGAACUCUGGGAGACCACUCUCUCUGGACUGAAGGCUUUGCUGGUCAGAUUGGAGAUGAACUCUGGACUUUCAUGUCCUGAGUGGACUCGCCUCCCUGGUUCUGUUUGUUACAUAAAUUUAGAGAGUUAUUUUAACCCUCCAGUAUCACUCUGGACUUUCUUUUAUUCACAAGGAUGAACUGCUCAGUUUUUUACAGAUAAUUUUGUUUAAGUAUUUAUUUUUUCACUUUUUUGUCUUAAACUGUCGACCAACUUCAGCUCUGAUCAAAUUUUGGUUAAAAGAUGUGAUUCAAAUGGGAGUAAACUGGACAUUUAUGUCCACUAUUGGCUUUAGUAUGUAGUGAAUUUAAAAUCAGAUUCUUCCACAAAAUUAAAUAAAUAAAUAAAUAAAAGAAAUCAUGCAUCAAAAUAUAUACAAUAGAUAUACUCUGUAUAAUUUUCUUACGAAACAGUGACACUGUGUAUUCAAACCAGAUUUUCAAGGAUUAAAAUGCAGACAAUAACUGAAUAUUUGGCAUUUAAUCAGGGCAGAAGUUGAUUUAGGCCACAAAAGUGUUUAAAAAAUUAAUCCAUAAUAUUUUCAUAGCAUUUUUUUUGGGCAUGAAUGCCUCAGUGUGUUGUUAACGUUUAAGACGCUCCAAAAAAAAAAAAAAAAAAAAAAAAAAAUGCAUCCAAAUUAAUGAUGUUCUAAUCCUGUACUCAGCCAGGAUUGUAAUUUUUAAAAAUAACCCCAGCUCCUCUCUGUUAUAUAGGAAAAAAAACUCAUUUUUGUGUAAUUUUCACAUAAAACCAUGUAUUCAAAAUGCAUUUAAAGAGUUUAAAUCCUGAAAAUAACUAAUAAAUUGGUAGUUUUUAUCCAGGUAGGUUAAAAGGAUAAUUAACAAAAAGAGAAAUUUUUAAAAGUUAUUUUUAGUGAGGAUUUUUCACAGUGGACAUUUUAAGUUUGUUUAACUUGUAGUUAAUAAUGUGAAUGAUUACCAGAGGGUUGCAUUAAAGCUGGAAGCAGGAAGAGCUGAUUUCUGAUGAAAUGAGGUUCUGCAGCUUGUUCUCAUGCUGCACUGAUGCUGCACGUUUGUGUUUAUUCUCAUUAAGGCCCGGUGUUACGGUCACUGAUGUAAACUGUUUUAUCUGGACUCAGGUUUGCUCAUGUUGUCUGAUUAAAUAUUGACCAAUGUAACGAACUCUGACGCCUGGAUGUUUGCAGAGCUGAACAGCACUGAUUCCAUUUAUGAGGAGUAAACAGAAUCACACGCUGCCUGGGACAUGAGCUUAUUUUAUUGCUUUUAGGGCUGGGCAAUACACCCAGUUUUUCAGCAGUAAUAAUGCAUUUUCAAACAAGACGUCCAUAUUGCUUCUAUCAGUAUUGUUCAUUGACUUCACCUGGAUGAGAAACAGAUGUCAGCUGUUCAGUUAGAAGAUGGUUAGUCAACCACACAGUAAAAUGCAUAUUAACCAUAAUGUUUCUUCUAAAUGGGAAUUAUUAAUUCAUUUUAAAUUCUUAAUUAGAGGUUUUAUAUCAUUAAUAGAAAUCAAUUGUACUGUUUGACACCACAGCAACAAAGAUAGAAGUCUUAA